AUGUCUCAGCAAGAUGACUUCGAAACACCUUCCACAAACGCGUUUGAGGACGCGCUAGAACACCAGUCACAGCAUUACGAGGAUGGCAAGCCUGAUACACGGAGCGACAAGGACGCGUCUGGCAAGGACGAAGGCGCCGGCAGCGGAGGUGACGACCAACAAGACAUAUUCCAAGAUCUAGGUUUCUUCAUUGCACAUGACGAGAGUCGCCAGGAGUUGGAGCAGCUGGUCAGCGGCCACGGCGGGACUGUGCUUUCGGAGCUGCCCUCUGGCAAGUCCAAUAAGGAGUUUGUUGUUUCCACGAUAAACGCCUCAGACCUGCCCACAGUGACGCCGACGUACAUCAAAACAUGCUGCGAAAACAACGUGCUUAUGAAGGUGCAGCCCUUCUUGGUUCCCUACAAUGAGUUCCGCGCUGUGAUAGAUACUCAGCUCCAGAAUGAAAGCGGGGAAAAACCGACAGCACCCGCGGACGACGCGUCAGAGACGGCGGAGCAGCCAGUUGAAUCUCCGUCUACUAAACCUGGCGAAGAUAAAAGGCCUGACGCAGACACCCCACAACCAUCUGAAACGAACGGUGGGCCUAUGGCUUCGGUCACAGCCGAGUCCAAUGCUGGCUCCGAGGAUCAAGGCGCUGGCGCCCGAAGAGAAAGUGUUGAUUCCGCAAAGAAUAGCAUUAGCGGAGAUGAGAGCGAUGUCGUUAAGACCCCCGUGGCGCCAAGCCCACCCUCUGCGCGUCAGCCCGCCGCAUCCCACAACAAGUCCUCAUUCACAGAAGAGGAGGACGAAUUUAUCCUUGACGUAGUGCGUAAGAAUCCCACAAGACGCACCACCCACACCCUUUUUGACGAGAUUUCACACUAUGUGCCUAAGCACACGGGCAACUCUAUAAGGCAUCGCUAUCGGGUUUAUCUUGCAAAACGGCUGAAUUUUGUAUAUCAGGUUGACAGUACCGGCAAGCUGGUUCGAGACGAUAAUGGCGACCUUAUCAAGACCACUGUUUUGCCAAAAUCACUCAAGAAUAAGUUCACUGCCUCAGAAGACUACGCGCUCUCCGUUGAAGUUAAAAAGCAGUUUUACCGUGACAUUUAUCAGAUGGAUCCUGAUACUGGAGAGUCAUUAAUUAAAGACAUAAAUGCUCCUGACGGAAAUCUGAAGGGCUCUUUCGGAGCUGGUAGCGACGAACGCCAAAACCCAGGACCCUCUUUCAAAGAUUUCCGGGUUGGCGAGCGCCGUGGCCCUGUUCCUAGAGAGUUUUUCAAAAAGUAUGCUGAUGAGAACCCAAAUCACACCGAAAACGCGUGGAGAGAUAGAUUUCGCAAGUUCUUGUUAACUUUCGGUAUUGACAGGUACAUUGAGUACUACGAAAACGAGAUUGCUCAGAGCAGGGUUCCACAAGCGAUGAAGAACAUGACAAACAGACCCAAAAGGCCAGGUGUCCCAACUCCAGGUAAUUACAACAGCUUCGCCAAGAAAGUCAAGACGCUGUCUCAACAGCAGCAGCAACAGGCUGCCGCUAUUAUCGCAGCAAAUGGCGGGGCUAUUGACCCCGCAGCACUUGCGUUCGCUAUCCCUGAAGGUGAUUUCUUGGAUGAAGAAACGCUUAACUUCAUUUCCGGUCUCAGACGCGACCUUUCCAAAAUCGAGUCUGCUGGUGGUGCGGCUUUUGCGUAUCCUCAAGAGAUCGCAGAAUCUAUUAGAAAUGACUUUACGAACGAGGAAGCCCAGUUUGAUGAAAUUGACCCUGAUAAAAUUCCCUUCCCACCUGCACUUGUUACCAAUGAACUGUUUAUGCCUCAGUUCUUCCACUUUGGUAGCACCAGGGAGUUUUUGGAUAAAAUCAACGAGGUUAUAUCCAGGGAUUACGAGCCCUCUCAAGCUGAAAAGCUAGUACAAGAUCUUUGCGACGAUGUGGGUGUCCGUAAAACUUUCAGCACUAGCAUUCUCACUGCCCUCUCAGGUGACUUGAUGGUUUUUCCCAGGUACUUUCUCUGUAUGUUCCACUUUGGCUCUAAUCCACCCAUGAAUAUCCCAGGCAUCUGGACUCGAGAAGAUGAUGAAAUGUUGAGAUCUGGAGAGGAGUCGAACAUCAAAAAGUUGACCCAAAAACAUGGCGCAGGGAGAAUCGAGAUGAGGAAAAGGUUUAUCGCUAGCGAUUUGGUAUAG